AUGGUCCGAGGAACAAAUGCGUCGCAGCUGCGGCGCUGCUGCCUCGGCCUUCUUCUUGUUCUCUUCAUUUUGCGCGUGUCAGCAGAGGCGGCGCAUAUCGAGAAGAGAGACUUCUUCCUGGAGGACAAUGUCGGAGACCCCUGGUUGCCGCAGCUCGAACUACCCAUCCCGCCUGACUUCACGUCUGGGCAACGCCUCCUGAGCACCUCCGAGCAGUGGAUGGUGCUCGCGCACGUCGGCGUUCCGUUGCACGUCGUGAUGGACAACGAAAAUGAUCUUGAGCGUAUUGUGGAAGUUGUUAACUUUAUGCGCACCACCCCCGCUGGUGUCUGCCCGCGCCACACGACAACGUACCGCAUCAUGUAUUACUGGUUUCACUCAGAAGAGUUGAAGCUUCUCUAUGGUGAGGAGCGCUGGGCAGCGCUGCAGCGACUACAACGGCCAGCGGCUUGGUCCUUGGUGCUUAAGGACAACGCAGGUCCUGCUGUCCGGGCCGCAGAGCGCUUUAUUGUCGAGCUGGAGGCCCUGGACCCACCAGGGCAAAUUACGUUCGUUUUUCAUCAGCAGAGGUCAGGGUUAACGAGAUUACAUGUCUCUCUUGCGGACCUCAGGGUACUGAGCCAUUCCCUUCGCCUGACCCGCACUACUCAGUAUCGAUGGCAGCGACUGACAGUGGAUACCAAGGCACCGCUACUUCGCUUUCAAACACAGCGCUUGCUGCGUGCAAAGCUACAGUACCACGAGCACAUUAAGGCCUUUGACGAGGCCGUCGCGGAGGCUCAGCGCGAUCUGCACGCAAGUUUGGAAGAGCUUCGCAAAAGCGAGCAGGCCGCGUACGCAGAGCACACGUACUUCAAACGGAAUUACCAGCGCUUUUUUCUGGAGCGCCAAUCGCGCCUCCGUGGAGAGAAAGAGGUAAUGGAUGGUGCCGGUGGGGUAGAUGGGGGGGUAUCUAUCGGUGACAACACCGGAUCGCGGCGAAGUGCAGGAGUGCGCAUUCAUCCCGCCGCGGGUUCUUCUUUCGUAUCGUCGCUUGCUGAUGCUCGGGUCGUGUCGUGCCGGAAGGUGUCCGCUGCGUGGGCCACGCUCCGCACAGCUGGCGUCCGUCACGAAGCAGAGACGCGUGUGGUGCAGCUGCGACGCCUCCAUUCUCGGCACAGGUGCAAGGAGCCUCUGCCGGAGCUCCUAGUUGCCACCUCUGCUGCUCAGAAAGAAACGGGGCUGAGUGAGGCAGCAGCGCACGUAUGGCGCGAUGGUGUUGCGGAAAUGGAGGCGCAGCGGCGCAAGUCAGGUCGGCCACCGACGUUUGCACAGGUGUUUGCUAUUCUAUACGGUGUAUGGGAGGUGGAGAAGGCUGCCACGCAGGUGCCCCAUCAGUCACAAGAGGCGCCACCUUCAAUCGAGAUGGUGGCGUCGGACGAGGGCUUUGAUGGCUCCGCCUUUGCCGCAUUUGCGGAGGACCUGAUGGAACGCGGCGAUGCGCUGGCGGCUGCGCCCAACAGCCGCCUUCAACGUUGGAUACGCGCGGAGAUGCACUACACGUUGGCCGUUUUGCAGCUGGUUGGGCCGAAGACCUCACCCUCGAAGACGCACCCUGCCACGGCGUCCUCGAUCGUGCGUGCUGUGGUGCACUUGCAUGCAUCACUGGGCGCCGGGUCUCACCACGCUGCUGGCGCUUUAGCGACGCUAAGAGAACACGGUAUAUAUACCCGGCAGCAGAGCAAGGCGGCCAUGAUGCUGCUGCUGCGAUCUAUGGAACAAGCGCCUACGCACCUCUGGCGCGAGCUGCUGCUGCGCCGUUCCUCUCGUAGCUUUCCCGAAGCUGCCACGACAACGUUACCGAAACCUGAGGCGUCGCGGCUUCUCCGCUUCGAGCACUUCUACGCCGUGGACCACACCUUCAGCGAGGUGGAUGACCCCUUCAUGACCCGCCAGAGCAUCGCCACACUCGUCGCCAUGACAAACGAGAACAUCAACGUCGCCGACGAGGAGCCAGUAUUGGAGAAUGUCUACCGUGAGGCCGAGGUCGGACGUGGUGACGGGGAAUAUGAAGGACGUUUAACAGCGCGACUUAAUCGGCGGCUGCUUAAAGCGAACAUACUGCUCUCCGGAUUCAAGGGGGUGCAGCGAGACGCGCAAGAAGCGCAGUGCGAGCUCCUCAUCAUCUUGCGGCGCCUCGGCUACCUUUGCGAUCUUGAUCUUCGUCAGUUCUUCACUUCCGGCGUAUCCUCACGUGAGCCGAAUUCGGCGCCUACUUCCUCAAUGGCGUUGCUGACCAUCAUCGGUGUUUCUCUGCCGGACUCCUGCGACGAACAUGAGGCUGAGCUGCUUGACGCCAUGAGUAGCCCCCGGUACAUGCUUUUGCGUUGCCCGAGUGGGGCUCCUGUUUCCUCACGGCGAUCGCGAGGCCACCUCGAUGUGUCCAACUCGAAGGCGUUGUUUGAGCUGCUUCUGCAGACGCUGCUAGCCCUCAGCUAUGCCCACCUCAUCCACAAGCAUCGGUACGAUCUCAGCCACCUCUACGCUUCCCUUGCCCUGGAGUUGUCCCUGCGCGUGGCACGUGCGACGAUGGCCCGUUGUGUCUCAGCGGCAAACAUGAGUGGCGUCUUACACGCGCACAACCACUGGAGCGGCAUCAAUGAAGCAAUGGCAAACUCGUUUAUGGAGGCGGUGAACAAGGUGGCAGAGAGCGACAGCGAAGUCGCGUGGGCCGCCGAAGUAUUAUGGGAGGAGCUGCAAAGCAUCGAAAAUGCGACGUCGCAGAGGCAUCUUGACGGUCCAGCUUUGAGUGACGGAGUCCAGCGGGUGCUGCGUCGCUUUACCAGCGUGGUGGACUCUCCGUUUGUCUCCACUGAGUCCCUGCUACUCAUAGGCACGAGUCGCUGGGCGGCUAGGGGUCCAUUGUCGGGCACCGCCGCAGAGGUGGAGGCGUUUGAGCGCGACUUACCUGAAUGGGCAAUGGAGCCAUUCGGUCUCCUGCAUCGACUGCUGCAGAAGUAUCCGACGAGCUCCAGUGCGGCGGAGACGCAAGAGGUAAGACACCCAUCUCCCAGUGGUACGGUGCCGGGCUCUUCCACGAGCGUGCGUUUCAACACGGCUGCUAUGGACGUCCACGCCCUCUUUCUGGUCUUUUUAGCGGCGAUGAAGCGAUGGAAACGGGACUUACCACUUCUGCACACGUUAGACGCGACGUCCUAUUCAACUCGACGCACCGACCCGUUUGUGCUGAGCUCCUUUCUCCUGCAAACACGCGACAGCGCAACUGGCGCACCGCUCAUCUCCAUCGAAAAACUACGCGCUGUCGCCUAUGCCGCCUCCCCCUACUUUCUGGGUGACACGCCACACUUGCUGCCUCUCGUUGACGACACAGUCGACUCGUACGCCGCGCGGUUGCUGUGCUUCGCUGCCCGGCACAUUCACUUCCUGGAACCAUCCACUGAACUUCUCCGCAGUGGUCGCUACGGCGUCCGGAGUACGGACUCCCGCCGGACCGCCUCGACGGAGAGGAUGAGGAGUGACCAAUGGAACAGCCUCCUGGAUGACGGCCCACCACAAAAGUCACGCUUGCAGACCUUGCGCCGAGUGAAACAGCACACCGUCGAGAACGCAGACUUGCAACCGCUGCUCUAUGCGGCGGACAUACACGACUACAUGAACCAGUCGCGUUGGACAAGCAUUGCGACGGUGAUGAACGCAGUGUACAAUACAGCGCUCUAUCCAUUCACGACGACGGUGUCAGAGGAGCUGAUUGCGGGGAUGGAGACACAAAUGCAACUCCUGACGCCGGAGGAGCGACGCGCAGAGUUGAGCAGUCGACUUCAAGCGAGUGCAGAAAAGGGGCACUCGCAGCAGACAGAGAAGAGGGCAGCAGGGACGGCGGUCUCUGCAUUUGUGAGCGCCUUUGUGAAGGAUGCCGCACUGCGCGAGCUCUUCAUUGCCGGGCAGCUGCUUACCGUCGCGUUAGAGUCCGGUAUGCCGGAGGGGUUUUCGCUUCUCUUCCUUGAAGUCACGGAACGCGGCAACCGAUGUCUGCGCCCCAUCGUGGCGCACUUGGCGGGGUCUGUGUUUGGCCGCGUGGCGCCGAGCGUGUGGACAGAGCUCCACCUCACCGCGCAGUGGCAACGCGAAAAGAAGCAGCUUGUGAGCAAGGGCCCGCUCUUUGCGCUCGACGCACGCACACCCUUUCGGUACGCGUCCGUUGAAGCUCGCCAGGAGCUGUUUGCGCGUGUGAGUCGAUGGAAUGCAGCGAGGGCACUGCAGGGUGAUGGCGACGAAGCCGAUGUGUCGAGUGAGCGCCAGCUGCGUCGAGUCUCGCAGGCACUUGAUCAGCUACUGUGGUGCGCCGGCUUCCUGACGCGAUGUGUCCACCGGCAUACCCAUCAUGUGUACCCGUAUGCCUACGAAGGGUCUGUUUUUCCAGCAGCAGAUCUGGAAUGCGUUGCAGACAUGAACCGUCUGUUAAUGGCUCAGAGACCCCCGUCCGAGGCAGCGACAUGGGUGACUGGGGAUGCGGCGAUGUGGACCUUGAGCGAGUGGCGACGCGCGCAGCAAAACAGUACAGCUCUUCUCCAGGACUUAAGUGAGCGACUAGCUUACGUCUACGAAAUAGUUGAUAGUGCGCCGGCGCGCCGUUUUCCCCUCUCCGCGGCGGACUUCCACCGCAACGUGACAGAAGAAGAGCACGCUGCGAUGCUGGCGGAGCGCAACCGCGAUUACACCUCCCUCUUUGCGCAUGCGUCGACGCAGUUGGUGGAGCCGUGGAACCGACUCUCGUAUGACUACAGCGAGCAAUUCGUGGCAUACGGAGAGGGCUUCUACUACAACCAGCGCUUGCACCGCGUUAGCGGGUACCGCUGGGGAGCGAUGCUGCGCAUGUGGUGGCUGCGAGUGCGCACCAUGUGGCCCUGGUAG